UACGCCAAAAUCGUUUCACAGCGCAGCGCCGAUCCUGGGGGCUUGCUCGGUGCUCCUCUGAAGCUAACGCUAGCUAGCAAGCUGUCAAGCAGUCCAGUGGAAAGGCUGGGACAGACGCUUCAGCUUCCCCUGCCUUGGCCACAAAAAUCUCCGGCCCACAAAAUUCAAGGAAAAUCAUCUAGAAUAACCGUUAGAUGUCCAGUUGAGAUAAUGUAAUGCAUCAGGGACGUACGCAAAGAGGGACCUUCGCACUUAGACAUUUUAUAUGCACUGAGUCUUGAGUGACGACUGCUCACUGCUAGCUAACUGGCUGGCUAACCCACCUCAACCGCUGCAGUCCCUCUUAGUUUCGUCGGUGUACCUCUCUGGUGUGAACCGCGGCCGGGCAGUCUUUGUCACUGUCGCAGCUUCCGUCGCUGUCAUCCUGUAUUUUGGAUAUUUGAUCUUACAAGGGACACAAUGGGUGCAUUUCUGGACAAACCAAAGAUGGAAAAGUAUAAUUCCCGUGGUGAGGGGAACAACCUGAGGUAUGGCCUGAGUAGCAUGCAGGGUUGGCGGGUAGAGAUGGAAGAUGCACACACAGCAGUAAUCGGCCUGCCUCAUGGUCUCGACCCCUGGUCAUUCUUUGCUGUUUAUGAUGGGCAUGCUGGCUCUCAGGUAGCCAAGUACUGCUGUGAGCACCUGCUGGAGCACAUCACCAGCAACUCAGACUUCCAGAGUGCUUUACAGGAGGACCAGUCUGUGGAAAGUGUGAAGAAUGGGAUCCGCACAGGAUUCCUGCAAAUUGACGAACACAUGCGAACCAUCUCAGAGAAGAAGCAUGGCGUGGACCGCAGUGGCUCUACUGCAGUGGGAGUGAUGAUUUCUCCGAGUCAUAUCUACUUUAUCAACUGUGGAGACUCACGGGGACUUCUUAGCCGUGGCGGAGCUGUUCAUUUCUUUACACAGGAUCACAAACCCAGCAACCCUCUGGAGAAGGAGAGGAUCCAGAAUGCUGGUGGCUCUGUCAUGAUCCAGCGAGUUAACGGAUCCCUAGCUGUGUCUCGAGCUUUGGGAGACUUCGACUACAAGUGUGUGCAUGGAAAAGGCCCAACGGAGCAGCUUGUAUCUCCUGAGCCUGAAGUUUAUGCAAUAGAAAGAUGUGAGGGGGAAGAUGAAUUCAUUAUUCUAGCAUGUGAUGGCAUCUGGGAUGUUAUGGCCAAUGAAGAACUGUGUGACUUUGUAAGGUCAAGGCUAGAGGUGACAGAUGAUCUUGAAAGAGUCAGCAACGAAAUUGUUGACACCUGCUUGUACAAGGGAAGCCGGGACAAUAUGAGUGUUGUGUUGAUCUGCUUUCCUGGAGCUCCAAAAGUGUCCCCAGAAGCAGUGAAACGGGAAGCUGAGCUUGAUAAAUACCUGGAGUCCAGAGUAGAAGAGAUAAUCAAAAAGCAGGGGGAUGAAGGAGUACCGGAUUUGGUCCAUGUCAUGAGGACGUUAGCAUCUGAGAGCAUCCCUAACCUCCCUCCUGGAGGAGAGCUCGCAAGCAAACGAAGUGUUAUUGAAGCGGUGUACAACAAACUCAACCCAUACCGAAGUGAUGACACAGACUCUGCGUCCACAGACGACAUGUGGUAACACAACCUCCUACCACUAACACAGCAUAGCGUUUACAAACCACCAUCCUCUCAAGACCAACAGCAGCUCGGCUCAGCAGUCUGUCUCUCCGUCACUCUGAGCUUUUGGUUUCUAAGAAGGGAAUUUCAUGGGAGGAGGAAGAGGAGGAGAAGAGGGAGGAGGAAGAGGAGUUGCAUGCACACAAACCUGGAAUAGUGCAGCACCAGUCCACUCUGGAGUUCAGGAUCCCCGUCGUCUCGUCUCCCCUUUAUGUUCACCCACCUUAAUACUCUCCUCUAAAGUAACCCAUAACAAGUGAGUCCACAAGGUCUUCUUUCUUUUUGUUAAAUAAUCAGCUUAAGUAGUGAUUUUUUUUUUUUUUGCUGUAAUUAAUUUGAUUCACAUUUCCUUGUGUGUGUUUGUAUAUUUCUGUUUUUGUGAAGUGCAAUUGUCCUGUACAAACAGCCUGUAUUUAAUGCAGCUUGAUUUUAAGUUAAAAAAUGAAAGAAAUGAAAAAGAGAACCUUUUAUGCACUAUCUGCCUUUUCCUGCUCUUCUGGAAUUGUAACUGUCUAUUCAGUGAAUAUUUCUGCUUGUCCUCCAGGCACAACAAUGUCUCUGCGCUUUUUACUUUUCUUUAUUUUAUUUCUUUUCAGUUGGUCUAUGCUCCUUUUUAAGAAACGGGUAAAUUGUAUAGUUGACAGCACAGUAAGCUCUCUAUAUCAAACAAUUUAAAUCCUAAUUAUUUUUUCCCUAUGCUUUUUUAUUGUAUUUUAUUUUUGUAAGUGGUUUUCUGUACAUGCUUAAAACUAAUGGCAAAGUGUUUUUCAGUCAUUUUGGAGGUGUGAAGUGAAAAUAUUUUUUCAUUUCUUCGAGGAAUCUUAGAAAAAGAAGACCCCUGUUAACACGUUUGUCCGUGCAAUAGAUGCUUACAAGCGUGCGUGGGUGCUUGUGUGUAUGUAUGCGCGCACGUGUGUUUGUGUAGAGGCAGAUCUGUUUGUGUUAACUGAAAGGUGGUUCAGACAACAGACCAGGCUGCAGUUUAAGGGAAAUCCUCACCCAUUAUCUGCCCAAAUAACCUCAGAUAUCUACUUUCACUACUUCUUAUUCCUAAAAGCUUUGGAUAACAGAGUUUACAUGCUGUAACGCUAUUUGAACAACUUCAAGCUAUACGUCACAACUAUACAGUAACCUGAGAUGACACAAGAAGUCCAGUUGUGUACAUACAGUGGUUUGCAGCUAGCCAGUGCUGGACUAGUUCACAAAUCUUAUGUGUCAUAUUUGAAUACCAGUUUCUAAAUUAUUUGUAGUGCCCACUGUGGGUGCCAUAUGACUUAUUACCACCCGUUUCAGCUUUAUGACAACCCAUGCCAAGUCUUUGUUUUUCAAGGAAUUCAUUUUUUUGUGUGGUACAGAUAGAUCUUUUUAAGCUUCUACCUUUAACAUUUCUUAAUUUGACACUUGAACCAAUGAAGCACUGAUUAUUUAUGCGAAUUUGGAGGAAUUGUUCACCCUAAAUUGUUAAUUUUCUCUCACGGUCUUUAGUUGGACAUUCAAACCAAGAACAAACCUGUAUAUGUAGAGCAGAGUAUCUUUUUAUUCCUGUCAACACCAACGGAGCGCAGCACAGUGAGCUGCUCCACUUCAUAAACUCUAAGGCAACUAUGAUUGUUUUUAUUUUCCCCUCUGCAGAUACUCACCAACUAAAUCAGUUUGAACACACUGUGGUUAUAUUUCUGCAAGAGAAAUGGUUUUAUUUCAGUUAUUUCUUUGCCUUUUUUUUUGUUAAAACUGCAUUGUUUGGAAAUUUGUCUGUAUAUAUAUUUUUGACUUUCAAGGAAUAAAUCGUGUCCGUUGA